GCCGUGUCCGCUGUCGUGACUAGUGCUAUAGUGCGCAGGCGCCAACCCGCACCGUUCCCCAGCCUAGGUUCCCCUGCCCCUGCUGCCGCUACUGCUACUGCCGAGCCACCUCCCCUGCGCGUGCAGUCUGCGCCGCAGGUGCCGGGGUGGAGUGCGCAAGCAGCGGGCGGUGCGGAGGCGUCCUGGGCCGGCACGCAGCCGCCGCAGCAGACCUCCCACCCCACUGCUAGCAGCGGUUGCAGUGCAGGGGCGGGCGCAGCAGCCGCAACAGCCCUCCAGCCUGCACAGCAAGCACAGGCCCCAUCCGCCGCCCCGGCCGCAUCCGGAGAGCAGCUGCCAGCCCAUGUGAGGAGCUGCCCAGACACGGAAGCCCUGGGGAGGCCCGCGCGGACCUCGACCUCCACCCAGCACCACCAGCAAGGCUCUCAACAGCUGUCCAUCCUUCCGACCCCUCCCAUGUCGCCGCAGCAGCUGCUGUAUCAGCGGCAGGACUUUGUCAUUUCAGCCGGCGGGUUGGGCCAGGGGGCAACGGCAGCAACAGCCCAGUCUACGCUGCAGGUGCUGUCCUCCAGAUACACCUCACCGCUAGGCAUCUUCCAUACCUACAACGGCGUUGGUAGCUUUUAAUCGAUAGUUAUUAUAGGCGAUAGUGCUAAGACGUGCUGGGGGUUGUGAGGUGUAGGUGCUCUGGCAGGGUCUGGAUUUCCCUGCUGGGUAAAGGCGUAUAGCGUUCACGUAACCGAGGCUUUAGCGUUACUUAGACAGCUGAGGAAGUGACAGGAUAUCACGCAGACGACUUUAAGAAGAAUAGUAGACAAGGAGAGUAGAGAAGGAGAGUAGUAGGCAAGUGCUUACGUUGGUGCAAUCGCCGGAGGAAACUGCAUUCUCGUCGUCGCAUCCCGCAUCUUACCUCUUCAUUGCAUGUGCCCGUUGGAUGUCACCCGGCUGACGAUGUUACGUGCCUGCAAACUAUGCGCAAUAUAGUGGCGGUGUGGCGGCUAAGAUACUGCGUUUACGCUGGUUUGGUUACGGUGGUCACCUGCCACAGCUUGUCAUGUACCCGUUUUGUCACACGCUGUUUGGACGCAUUGUGAACAGCUGUUAAGACAUGCUCGUGCUUUUGGGGAGGCAUCUUGACCUCCCACGCCACCACCUAACGCAACCCGGCCUUGCUGAUCGGCUCACAGAUGCUGCUGUGUAACGGCGCCGCCUUGC